CUUCGGCAGUACGGGCAGCGCCGUCCUCGCCCGCCCUCCUCGCAGCGAGGCCGCCCGCGGAAUGAGCGUCCCCCGGGCGGCCGCUGCUGCAGCCUCCACUCUGGCGGGCGGGCAGGAGCGCGGGCGCAAGGCGCGACUGCCGGCACGAUCGCCGCAGCGGGUGCGGAGUGAAUGACAGAGAGGGGCGGUGCGGAGAAGCAGCCCUGGGGUCAGGAUGCGGACGCCCGCCAACAUCGUCAACCUCCUGCUGCUGUCCUUGCUGGCCGGCCUCGAUCCGUCCAAGACUCAGAUUAGCCCCAAGGAAGGGUGGCAAGUUUAUAGCUCAGCCCAGGAUCCUGACGGCCGUUGCAUUUGCACUGUUGUUGCACCUGAACAAAACCUGUGUUCAAGAGAUGCUAAAAGCAGGCAACUCAGACAACUGCUAGAGAAGGUUCAGAAUAUGUCCCAAUCUAUUGAAGUUUUAAAUCUACGGACUCAGAGGGAUUUCCAGUACGUUUUAAAAAUGGAAACACAAAUGAAAGGGCUGAAGGCCAAGUUUCGGCAAAUUGAAGAUGAUCGGAAGACAUUAAUGACAAAGCAUUUUCAAGAGUUGAAAGAAAAGAUGGAUGAGCUCCUGCCACUGAUCCCAGUUCUGGAACAAUAUAAAACGGAUGCCAAAUUAAUUACCCAGUUCAAGGAGGAAAUUAGGAAUCUGUCUACUGUUCUCACUGGGAUUCAGGAAGAAAUUGGUGCUUAUGACUAUGAGGAACUACACCAGCGCGUGCUCAGUUUAGAAACCAGGCUUCGAGACUGCAUGAAAAAGCUCACAUGUGGCAAACUGAUGAAAAUUACAGGCCCCAUUACAGUCAAGACAUCUGGAACCCGAUUCGGAGCCUGGAUGACAGAUCCAUUAGCAUCAGAGAAAAAUAACAGAGUCUGGUACAUGGAUGGUUACACUAACAAUAAAAUUGUCCGUGAAUAUAAAUCAGUUGCAGACUUUGUCAGUGGGGCUGAAUCAAGGACAUACAACCUUCCAUUCAAAUGGGCAGGAACCAACCAUGUUGUCUACAAUGGCUCCCUCUAUUUCAACAAGUAUCAGAGCAAUAUCAUCAUCAAAUACAGCUUUGACACUGGGCGGGUGCUUGCACAGCGUAGCCUUGAGUAUGCUGGCUUUCACAAUGUCUACCCUUACACCUGGGGUGGCUUUUCUGAUAUUGACCUGAUGGCAGAUGAAAUCGGGCUAUGGGCUGUGUAUGCGACCAACCAAAAUGCAGGCAACAUUGUCAUCAGCCAGCUAAACCAGGAUACACUGGAGGUGCUGAAGAGCUGGAGCACAGGCUACCCAAAGAGAAGUGCUGGAGAAUCCUUCAUGAUCUGUGGCACCUUGUAUGUUACUAACUCUCACUUAACAGGAGCCAAGGUCUACUAUUCUUAUUCCACAAAAACCUCCACUUAUGAGUAUACAGACAUUCCUUUCCAUAAUCAGUAUUUUCAUAUAUCCAUGCUUGACUACAAUGCAAGAGAUAGAGCUCUCUAUGCCUGGAAUAAUGGACACCAGGUCCUGUUUAAUGUCACCCUUUUCCAUGUCAUUAAAACUGAAGAUGACACAUAAUUUCCUUUUCCUUCCUUUUCCUUCCUUUUCCCUCAUCUCCCUCCCUCAAAGCAGUGUCAUUUGUGAUAAAUUCUAAAAGCUUCCAUCUCUCUCGGUUCCUUUUAAUUUACAUUUCUUUUUUCAUUAAGGAAAAGCAACAUUUUCGACCAUAUAAUGCAUUUCAAAUAGGGCUGAACCUGUCAAAAAUGACCUAUUGGAAAUAAAAGCAUCUUAACUCAUGAUUCUACAAGGUCGCUCAAGACCUUGUCUUGAAAAGCACUAAAGAGGAUUUAAGUGGCUAAAGACAGUUUUUAAAAGAUUAUGACCUGCCUUAUUUUAGAGUCAGAGACUAACGGUGGCUUACAUGCAUGAAUGUCUUUUUUUACCUCAUUUUUUGGUUUGAAUCUAUUGCUCAAGUAGUGUCAGACACAUAUUGCACAUUGUCUUUUCUUUCUUUCUUUAUUUAUUUAUUCCAAAAGAAAGAUUUAGGAAUUUCAUUGUCUUGGACAUGGAGUCUGAUUCAUUUUGCCAUCACCCACUUUCAGAUGUGGUGCUGUAUGAUAUGUUUUUAAAUCUCUUGCAAACAUUUUAUCCGCAGUGUAUUUCUACCAUUGUAACCACCAUUGUGCAAUUGUAUCUCUUCACAUAUGUGAAAGUAAACUAAGUACUAUUUUUUAUAAAAUAUAUUGAAGUUUAAUUGCA